AUGCACGUCUUAAUCACUAAUGAUGACGGUCCAUUAAAUGACGAUUUAUCUCAAUAUAUUAGAAAUUUCGUACAAACUAUUCGUAAGUCGAAACCUGAUUGGAAAAUUACAGUUUGUGUACCACAUAUACAUAGAUCAUGGUCAGGUAAAGCUCAUUUAGCUGGUAAAAACUUAACAGCUCAAUUUCUUUACUCGAAAUUGGAUGCUACUGAUAACUCUUUCUUGGGUCCUUUUACAAAACCACAAUUACCAAAUGAUGAUUCAAAAUUACCUCAUGUUAUCAAUAAUGAUAUCCCCAAGGAUGCUAUAGAAUGGAUUCUAAUCGAUGGUACUCCUGCAUCAUGUGCUAAUAUUGCUCUAUAUCAUCUAAGACAUACUAAAUUCGAUCUUGUCUUAUCAGGUCCAAAUGUUGGUAGAAAUACAUCUGCCGCUUACAGUACUUCAAGUGCCACCAUCGGUGCAGCAAUGGAAUCUGUCAUUUCAGGUAGAACAAAGGCAAUUGCAAUUUCAUGGGCUUAUUUCGAUGGCUUCAAAACCCCAUCAGAAGAAAUAAUGAAAAUCGCUUCAAAAAGAUCAAUUGAUGUGUCACAACACCUUUAUGAUAAUUGGAAUUCUGAAACAGAUCUUUAUUCUAUCAAUAUUCCAAUUUUCAAAGAACUAUCUAUGGAAACAAGAGUCUUUUACGCACCAAUUUGGGAAAAUAGGUGGAAUCCAAUGUUUGAUGGUGCUGUAAUUAAAGAGCCCGAUGCGUUAACGGAAAUUGAAGAUGCUAAUCAAUCCUAUAGUAUUACAUUCAAUUGGAAUCCAGAUUUUAAGAAACAUCGUAAUUCGAAACAUUACAAAGUAAACAAUGAUUUUGAUCCAACUGAUUAUGUUAAACAUAUUGCACCUGGAACAGACUCUUAUUAUAUCGAAAAAAAGCAAAUUACUGUUACUCCAUUAAGGGCAAUCUUUAGAUAUAUCGAUCAUCUCGUCGGAGAAUUGCAACUUGAUGACAAUAAUAAUGAUUACGAAGGUUUAGUAGCAAUCACAAUUCCUGAAAAUGAUUACAUUUUCAAUCCGAUUAAAUCCUCAGUUAAAAAAUAUUUACCAAACUAUAAAAUUGUCAAUGAGUUACCCAAAUCUGAUAGUACUAAAAUUUUCCAAUAUGGUGAUUAUGAGCAAUUGGAUGUAGAUAGAUUAGUAAAUAAUAAUGGAAAUUAUUUUGCGAACUCAUACAUCUAUAGGAAAGCAUUAAUCAGAAAGCAUUAUCUUUUAAAUACUAUUGAGAACUAUGUGGCCAAAAAUCCAAGUUCUAUAUUGAAGAAGGCUUAUAUGGAGUCAUAUAAUUUAGACUUGGAUUAUGCUGAAUUCCUUGAUGAUUCUCUAGAUGAAAGUUGGGAGUUAAAGCAAGAAUUGGAAAAAGAAGAGAAAUGGUGGAUAAUCAAACCAAGUAUGAGCGAUAAAGGACAAGGUAUUAGGGUGUUCAAGACAAUAGAUGAUUUACAAGCGAUCUUUGAUUCCUUUGAUGAUGACGAUGAUGAUCAAGAUUCUGUCGAAGAAACUGAUCAAUCUGGUCAAUUUAUUGAUGAUAAUAAAAUUAAUAUAUCUCAGUUGCGUCAUUUCAUUGUACAGGAAUACCUUUCAAAUCCAUUAUUAUUACCUUCUAUGAAUAACAAAAAAUUCCAUAUUCGUUGUUAUAUCACUUGUAAAGGUGAUUUAGAAGUAUUCGUUUAUAAUAGAAUGCUUGCACUAUUUGCUCCAACACCAUUUGAAAAACUUGACGAGAUAGAGUAUGACGUUACAAAUCUGAAUAAUCUACAAUGUCAUUUAACAAAUACCUGUCUACAAGCUAAGAAUGAAAAUAAAGGCCUAUCAGUAAAAGAAUUUGAUAAUAUAGAGGAUAUCUCUGAAGAAAAUAAAGAAAACAUCAAAAAGCAAAUUCAUGAAAUUUCUCAUGAAAUUUUUAAAGCUGCAGUGACUGUAAAUAGAAUGAAUUUCCAACCGUUACCAAAUGCUUUUGAAACAUAUGGUGUUGAUUUCUUAAUUGAUGACGAAUUUAACGUCAAACUCCUGGAAAUAAACGCAUAUCCUGAUUUCAAGCAAACUGGUGAUGAAUUGAAAGGUUUAAUCGACGAGUUGUUCGAUAGCACCGUAAAAUAUGUCGUUAAACCAUUAUUGGAAGGCGAGAAAACAAUUCAAGAGUCGGAGAACUACGUAAAAGUAUUGAACCACACUUCAAACCAAUGGUGA